UAUUCUCGCGAGGCUUGCCGUCCGCCCGGCCUGCACUGCGGUGUUUCCCGCGCGGGCUAUCCCAGUUCGCGGGCGUACGACGCGGCCUUUCUAACAAGCCGCUGGCGCUGCCACGGUCAUGGGUUUCCUGAAGCUGAUUGAGAUCGAGAACUUUAAGUCGUACAAGGGUCGGCAGAUUAUCGGACCAUUUCAGAGGUUCACCGCCAUCAUUGGACCCAAUGGCUCUGGUAAGUCAAAUCUCAUGGAUGCCAUCAGCUUUGUGUUGGGUGAGAAAACCAGCAACCUGCGGGUAAAGACCCUGAGGGACCUGAUCCAUGGAGCUCCUGUGGGCAAGCCAGCUGCCAACCGGGCCUUUGUCAGCAUGGUCUACUCUGAGGAGGGUGCUGAGGACCGCACCUUUGCCCGUGUCAUUGUUGGGGGUUCUUCUGAGUACAAGAUCAACAACAAAGUGGUCCAGCUACAUGAGUACAGUGAGGAAUUAGAGAAGUUGGGCAUUCUUAUCAAAGCUCGUAACUUCCUCGUCUUCCAGGGCGCUGUGGAAUCUAUUGCCAUGAAGAACCCCAAAGAGAGGACAGCUCUUUUUGAAGAGAUCAGUCGCUCUGGGGAGCUGGCCCAGGAAUAUGACAAGCGAAAAAAGGAAAUGGUGAAAGCUGAAGAGGACACGCAGUUUAAUUACCAUCGCAAAAAAAACAUCGCAGCUGAACGCAAGGAGGCCAAACAAGAAAAAGAAGAGGCCGACCGCUACCAGCGCCUGAAGGAUGAGGUGGUGCGAGCUCAGGUACAGUUGCAACUUUUCAAACUUUAUCAUAAUGAAGUGGAAAUUGAGAAGCUCAACAAAGAACUGGCCUCUAAGAACAAGGAGAUCGAGAAGGACAAGAAGCGGAUGGACAAGGUAGAGGAUGAGCUGAAGGAGAAGAAGAAGGAGCUGGGCAAAAUGAUGCGGGAACAGCAGCAGAUUGAGAAGGAGAUCAAGGAGAAGGACUCAGAGCUGAACCAGAAGCGGCCUCAGUACAUCAAAGCCAAGGAGAAUACUUCCCACAAAAUCAAGAAGCUGGAAGCAGCCAAGAAGUCCCUACAGAAUGCUCAGAAGCAUUACAAGAAGCGUAAAGGUGACAUGGAUGAGCUGGAAAAGGAGAUGCUGUCAGUGGAGAAAGCCCGGCAGGAGUUUGAGGAACGGAUGGAAGAGGAGAGUCAGAGUCAGGGCAGAGAUUUGACCCUGGAGGAGAAUCAGGUGAAGAAAUACCACCGGUUGAAAGAAGAAGCCAGCAAGAGAGCAGCUACCCUGGCCCAGGAGCUAGAGAAGUUCAAUCGAGACCAGAAGGCCGACCAGGACCGGCUGGAUCUGGAAGAGCGGAAGAAAGUAGAGACAGAGGCCAAGAUCAAGCAAAAGCUGAGGGAGAUUGAGGAGAAUCAGAAGCGGAUUGAGAAACUGGAGGAAUACAUCACAACUAGCAAGCAGUCCCUCGAGGAGCAGAAGAAGCUAGAGGGGGAGCUGACAGAGGAGGUGGAGAUGGCCAAGCGGCGGAUUGAUGAGAUCAAUAAGGAGCUGAACCAGGUGAUGGAGCAGCUGGGGGAUGCACGCAUUGACCGCCAGGAGAGCAGCCGCCAACAGCGAAAGGCAGAAAUUAUGGAAAGCAUCAAGCGCCUGUACCCUGGCUCUGUGUACGGCCGCCUCAUUGACCUCUGCCAGCCCACACAAAAGAAGUAUCAGAUUGCAGUAACCAAGGUUUUGGGUAAGAACAUGGAUGCCAUUAUCGUGGACUCAGAGAAGACAGGCCGGGACUGUAUUCAGUAUAUCAAGGAGCAGCGUGGGGAGCCUGAGACCUUCUUGCCUCUUGAUUACCUGGAGGUGAAACCUACAGAUGAGAAACUCCGGGAGCUGAAGGGGGCCAAGCUGGUGAUUGAUGUUAUUCGCUAUGAGCCACCUCACAUCAAAAAGGCCCUGCAGUACGCUUGUGGCAAUGCCCUUGUCUGUGACAAUGUGGAGGAUGCCCGCCGCAUUGCCUUUGGAGGCCACCAGCGCCACAAGACAGUGGCACUGGAUGGGACCCUGUUCCAGAAGUCAGGGGUGAUCUCUGGCGGGGCUAGUGAUCUGAAGGCCAAGGCCCGGCGCUGGGAUGAGAAAGCAGUAGACAAGUUGAAAGAGAAGAAAGAGCGGUUGACAGAAGAGCUGAAGGAGCAGAUGAAGGCAAAGCGGAAAGAGGCAGAACUACGUCAGGUGCAGUCUCAGGCUCAUGGACUGCAGAUGCGGCUCAAGUACUCACAGAGUGACCUAGAACAGACUAAGACACGACAUCUGGCCCUGAAUCUGCAGGAAAAGUCCAAGCUGGAGAGUGAGCUAGCCAACUUUGGGCCUCGAAUCAAUGAUAUCAAGAGGAUCAUCCAGAGUCGAGAGAGGGAAAUGAAAGACUUGAAGGAGAAGAUGAAUCAGGUAGAGGAUGAGGUAUUUGAAGAGUUUUGUCGGGAGAUUGGUGUGCGCAACAUCCGGGAGUUUGAGGAAGAGAAGGUGAAGCGGCAGAAUGAAAUCGCCAAGAAGCGUUUGGAGUUCGAGAAUCAGAAGACUCGCUUGGGCAUCCAGUUGGAUUUUGAAAAGAACCAACUGAAGGAGGACCAGGAUAAAGUACACAUGUGGGAGCAGACAGUGAAAAAAGAUGAAAAUGAGAUAGAAAAGCUCAAGAAGGAGGAACAAAGACACAUGAAGAUCAUAGAUGAGACCAUGGCCCAACUACAAGACCUGAAGAAUCAGCACCUGGCCAAGAAGUCAGAGGUGAAUGACAAGAACCAUGAGAUGGAGGAGAUUCGUAAGAAACUGGGGGGCGCCAACAAGGAAAUGACCCAUUUACAGAAGGAGGUGACAGCCAUUGAGACCAAGCUUGAACAGAAACGUAGUGACCGCCACAACCUGCUACAGGCCUGCAAGAUGCAGGAUAUCAAGUUGCCACUGUCUAAGGGCACCAUGGACGAUAUUAGUCAGGAAGAGGGUAGCUCCCAGGGGGAGGAUUCAGUGAGUGGCUCCCAACGAACUUCCAAUAUCUAUGCACGAGAGGCCCUCAUCGAGAUUGACUACGGCGACCUGUGUGAGGAUCUGAAGGAUGCCCAGGCCGAGGAGGAGAUCAAGCAGGAGAUGAACACACUGCAGCAGAAGCUGAAUGAGCAGCAGAGUGUGCUCCAGCGUAUUGCUGCCCCCAACAUGAAAGCCAUGGAAAAGCUGGAAAGUGUCCGAGACAAGUUCCAGGAAACCUCAGACGAGUUUGAGGCAGCCCGAAAGCGAGCCAAGAAGGCCAAGCAGGCAUUUGAACAGAUCAAGAAGGAGCGCUUUGACCGCUUCAAUGCCUGUUUUGAAUCAGUGGCCACCAACAUUGAUGAGAUCUACAAGGCCCUGUCCCGUAACAGCAGUGCCCAGGCAUUCCUGGGCCCUGAGAACCCUGAGGAGCCCUACUUGGAUGGCAUUAACUACAACUGUGUGGCUCCUGGCAAACGCUUCCGGCCCAUGGACAACUUGUCAGGGGGCGAAAAAACAGUGGCAGCUCUGGCCCUGCUCUUUGCCAUCCACAGCUACAAGCCAGCCCCCUUCUUCGUCCUGGAUGAGAUCGAUGCUGCCCUGGAUAACACCAACAUUGGCAAGGUAGCAAAUUACAUCAAGGAGCAGUCGACUUGCAACUUCCAGGCCAUCGUCAUUUCUCUCAAGGAGGAGUUCUACACCAAGGCUGAGAGCCUCAUUGGAGUCUACCCCGAGCAAGGGGACUGUGUGAUCAGCAAAGUCCUGACCUUCGACCUCACCAAGUACCCAGAUGCCAACCCCAACCCCAAUGAGCAGUAGCAGUAGUUCUGCCCUCCUGCCUUGUCUGGAUCCCUAAGUUACGCCUCUCCCAAUCUCUGGAUAUUUGGCUCCCAGCCUUCCCCUAUCUCCUGUCCCUGUUUGGUAUCAUGGGAUUUAGGCACUGCUAUCAAGCAUGAAGAGGAACAGAGGUGAUGUUAGUUCUGGAGCAAAAAUUCCUGAGCUUCAGGGAGCAUCCUGGCUCUGGAAGGAGGUGCUGAGCUGAAUAGGGCCAUCUGUCCAUCCCCUCUUCCACCACCCUGGACCUUACUCCGUCACCCAUAAUCAUGGGUUCCUUGGGCCCCCUGCAUUUCGCUUGUGUGUGGAUAUGUACGUGUGUGUAUAUGUGUCCACAUGUGCGCAUGUGGGUGUGUUUGCAAAAUAAUAAAGAUAUUGGAGACCCAUUUUAGAAGGAGCCUAGGCUGAAUUUGAUUCCAAGAGAGCUUAGUAUGACAGCACCCCGGCGCUGGGCAUAGGUAUUCCAGACCUCAGGAUUCAGGCAGUUACGUGAAACCACCCUCAUUCACUCAUUAAUGUUUUCAUUCAUUUCGUGUGUUCAUCAAGUACAUACUGAACACCCUCUUUGUCAGACUCUAUGCUAGGAAUACAGAACUUAAUCAGACAUGAUCUCUACCCUCCUACUAAGGAGAUGCUAGUGGGUUCAUGAGUUCCCGUGGUUAGCUGAAUCAUUAGGUGCUUUGAAUUGAGAAGAGGAUGAUCAGCUCCAGGCUUCCUGGAGGUCACAUUUGAGCUAGACCUUGACAAGUUGGUAGGAUUUGGUUGGGUGCUAGGAGCAGAGCCUGGGCUCUGGGGACAGGUCUAGUCCCAUUUUUUUUUUAUCACUUACUAGUUUGACACUGGGCAAGUCCUUUGACCUUUCUGUGCCUGUUUCCUCAACUGUAAAAUGGGGCUAAACAGUAUUUACCUACCUCAUAGGAUUUAAUGAUGUCAAACUCCUCACUGGAGGCCUUAUCCCUGCUUGGAGCCCACUAGGUGCCAACCCCUCAGAAUACAAGCCUUCUCAUGCCUAACCCCUGAGGGCUUCUGAUCCCAGUUGUUAGGGACAGAAGGAGCCUCCAAAUCUGGGAUAUGCUGAAUACCCUGGUUAUUGGGAAAGUUCCAGGGCAUUGAUGGGGUUUACCUGGUAAGUGGAGGACCUAAGGAACCCUAUCGCUUCAAUCAUGUAUGAUAACUAGGUGCCUAGGCCCCAACCUGGGUUGUGAGGAAGUAGGGGAGAGGUAGCCUGGGCCGCAUCCUGGUUGAAUGCAUAUAAUGUUCCUUCUGGGAACUAACUGCAUUAGUUGCAGGCACUGUGCAGAGGCAGUGCAGUCUGCUGCCAUGAGGUCAGUCUUUGCUUGUUCAUGUAUACUGUCAGACCGUCACCUUGUCUGAUCUGUAUACUACAUUUUUUCUUUUUAAAAGUUAAAUCAGUUCUGAUUACCCAAGUAAUGCAUGAAUCCAUUUUCUUUUUAAGAAAUUAGAUUGUUGCAAAUAAAGCUAGCUUCAUUUGACUACCAUUCCCCCUCCCCCUCUUAAUUGCUAUAAUGUCUGUUGUACAUCCACCUUGACUUUGUUUUAAGACUUUUACAUAUGAGUUCAUUGAAAAUACUGUGUUUAAUGCAGAUGGUAUAUUGAAUCAUUCUGCAGUUUUCUUUCUUUGCUUAGAAAUGUUUUUGAGAUCUAUGCAUGUUGCUAAAUGUAGAUGCAGUCCAUCCUUAGUAAUUGUUAUAUAGAUUGCCAUGAUGUGACUGCCAUAUUUUAUUUACCCAUUUCUCGUGUGAUAGACAGUAAACUCUUCUGGUUUUGCUGUUAUAAGGAUACUACGCAGGAGCAUCGUGUGUGCGUGUGUGAAAAUUUACCUAGGGUUGAUUCCUACAAGUUGAAUUACAGAAUCGUAGGUUAUUUGUAUUUUUGUUUUUAAUAGAUACUUCCAAAUUGCCUUUCUGUACUGUUUACUCAGUAUUUUUCUUGAGGUUGUCUUAGGUCAAAUAUCGUUAUCUACUUCAUUUCAUCCUGAGUAGUGAUAACCGUGAAACCAUGGGUUUGAUGUGCUAAUAAGUAUGUAUUUUCUAAUACAUAUCAAAAGGGAUAGCUAUCAAAACAAAAUAAAUUUGUCUGUGUUCAACCAAAGAAGUCACAUACCACUAGUGGUAUGUGUGCUGUAAUUUGGGAAAUGCUGGCAUAUGUGGAAGAGCACAACUGGGGAGUCACCCUCGUUCAAAUACUAGCUGUAGAAACUUGAACCUGUUAGUUCACCUCUUUGAGCCUCAGUUUCCUAAUGUAGGAAAGGAGAUAAUAUACACUUAUCUUGCAGCGGUGUAAGGAAGAUGAAAUGAAAUACAUCUGAAGCAAUUUGGCUGGCAUGUAGAUUAUCACAGGACUUUAAAGGUAGCGAUUGCUAUUCUUCCCACUUUGCAGAUGAGGAGACUGAGGCCCAGCAAGGUUAAAUCACCCAGCUACCAGAUAAACAGUGAGGGUUUGAACCCACACCCUCCAAUUCAGUCUUGAGGUUUCUCAAGGGUGGUUAUCAACCUUACCUGCGAAGCUUUUUCCUUUUUUUUUUUUUUUGGUUGCACCACACAGCUAGCAGUAUCUCAGUUCCCCGACCAGAGAUUGAACCUGGGCCAUGGUAGUGAAAGCCCAGAAUCCUAACCACUAGGCCACCAGGGAACUCCC